AUGAAAGGACGUAGGAAGCGCAACGGCAUCGUUUUAUGGAGCUCGCUCUUCCGGUGUACUCUCCUUGUCGUCGUCUCUUUCAUCUUCUUCACAACCCUCCUCUUCUCCUCCUUCCACGAGCACCACCCAUCGCUCCCAUUCAGAUGGAAAACUCCACCCACCAUCUCCCACGCAACAAUCACCAUCCGCGAAACCGUCAUGCUCCCCGACCAGGCUCUCAUUUUCCUAAACUACCCUCCUUCUUUCCGCUUCCACGCCAAACACGACCUUCUCUGCCUCUACUUCUCCGCCGACUCAACUCGCAGGCUCACUCAGCCGCCCAUUCAGCUCCACCUUGCACGUCUCGGCGAGCAGAUCGUGCGGUGCGCGCUCCCUCCACGUGGCAACUCGGUGUCGCUUAUCAUUAAAUCGGACGGCGUCCUUCCCACAAAAGAUUCAUCCACUCACAAGUGGACCCCACUCGUCUACGAAGCCCUCUUCGACCGCGACAACACCACCAUCGUCUUCGUCAAGGGCCUCAAUCUCCGACCCCAGAGACUCAUCGAACCGUCCAGAUUCCACUGUAUCUAUGGCUGGGAUUUCACCAACCCCAAAUUCUUUCUUAAAUCAGAUGUCAUAUCAGGUGCACAAGAGAUCAUAAGGUGCAGAACACCGAAAAGCAUCUUAGCCGGCCAUGACCAAGCUCAAGCCCAAGCCCAAGCUCAAGCCUAUGCCCAAUCCAUCAAAGUCACAAUCCAGGUGGGAAACAGAGAAAUAUUUCCUUCCAUAGCCCGUCCUGGGCUUCGUCCCCAAUACUAUAGGCGGAUGAAAAAAGAACAUGAGAUAUGUAUUUGCACCAUGCUCCGGAACCAAGCUCGGUUUUUGAGAGAGUGGGUAAUCUACCACGCCAAAAUCGGAGUCCAACGUUGGUUCAUCUACGACAACAACAGCGAUGAUGAUAUAGAAAACGUGAUUUCUCUCCUGCAAAGCAUUGGCUACAACAUCUCGCAACACCUGUGGCCUUGGGUCAAGACACAAGAAGCUGGGUUUGCCCAUUGUGCCCUACAGGCCCGGGCCUCGUGCAACUGGGUUGGGUUUAUUGACGUGGAUGAGUUUUUCAAUAUAAAGACACAAGGGGGCUUGUCUCGCGUGAUUUGGCACCAUGCGAAGCCCGGACACAACGUUGGUGAGAUUAGGACACUGUGCUUUAGUUUUGGGCCUUCGGGCCUGCGAGAAGUACCACGAGAAGGCGUAGCGGUGGGGUACACUUGUCGAUUAAGGGCAAGUGAGAGGCACAAGAGCAUAGUGAGACCUGAGGCACUGAACCAGAGUUUGAUCAAUGUGGUGCACCACUUCCAUCUAAGUGCGCCAUUUGUGGCUGUGGACGUGGGUACGAGUACGAUGGUGAUUAACCAUUACAAGUAUCAAGUGUGGAAAGUGUUUAAGGAGAAGUUCUAUAGGAGGGUGGCAACUUACGUGGCAGAUUGGCAGGAAAAACAAAAUGUAGGGUCUAAGGAUAGAGCACCCGGUUUAGGGACCAAAGCGGUUGAACCUGCCGACUGGGCCAACCGGUUUUGUGAGGUUAAGGACUACAGCUUGAAGAAUUGGGUGUUAAGGAAUUUUUUAGAUCGACGCACCCGUCUUCUUCCUUGGCAACCUGAAUUUGAGCAUCAUCUUCGAAAGAGGCGAAGACGAAAUGACAAAAGCCCUCUCGACAUACAACCUUUUUUCUAG